GAGCCUCUCGCCCUGCCAUCCGACUUCUCGAGUUCUGAGCGCAGCACGCUAGGCCUGGAGGCCCUGGCGGUCUUCAAGCGAAGAAUUCGACAUGGACGUGCGUACGACCUCUUGGCUGCGGUCAAGCAGUCCAUCAACCAUCAGGGUGCGUUUCUCGAGGACAAACAGAAGCACGCGCGCGGGCAGAAGGACAACACUCGGUCGCAAAAGCAGGUAACAAACGCGACAGCACGCACGCGGGUACUAGCCGGUUUGUACAACUACAACCGUGACCGCCUCAUCGCGUUGAGCGACGGCAAGGCUGAGGACGUCUUACAGGCGAUCAACUUGGUAACAGACCUCAAGAGUAAGAAUUGGCGUAAACCGCGAGAACAAGGGGACAGCCGCGAAGAGCGGGCAUGGAUCUGGACGGUUGUCCCUCCUGCUAACAGCUCGCUAGUCGAUCGAGUACAAUGGUUUCGGGCGCGGGCGGAGGUGAAGCGAGUGACCGAGGAGAUCAACAAGCUCCAUGCCGAGUUCAAGCGGACGAUCCUCGGUUUCAAGAAUAUGUCUAAAGCUUGGGAAGACAUGUCGGCGAGGGCUGCGUUGUCAGAGGGCGCGCGAGCGUACGCACUGAAGAAGGCGGACAUGUUCAACAAGUUGAGUGUACAAUGUGCGAACGCCUUUGCGACUACACGAAGGGAUCCUGCGGAGAAGUGGGACUACUCGAAUGUACGUUCAUAU